AUGACUAGCAUAGACGCAAGCAUCGCUUCUGAGGGUUCUCGCCUCCAGCUGCGUAAAGAGAGCUCGCGCGGAUCCAACGACUCCUACCUGACAGCCAAGAACCCUCAAAAGAGAGCGCGCACCUCUCGCAAAUGGAACCUGUUUGGUCGUUCCCAUAGCCGGCCAAAUACCAAGGGCGACGGUGAGGAGGUGCAAGCUACCGUCAUUGCUGUCGAGAAGAAACGCGUGGCUUUUUACGCCAUGAUGGACUCUGCGGAACAGGCCGAUGCUAAGCCUACGAGUUUCGUCGAGAACCUGCUCGAGCAUCGUCCGUUGGAGAUGCCACAACCUACCACAAUGGCUAGGUCUCAGCCUCCAUCUGCCGGCACGCAUGACGCCUGGAACGAAGCAGUCCCCCUCACGAGCCGAUCUCAGGUCCCGGGCCCCACGCCGAGCUCAGGCAAGCGUGGUAGGCUGCCUCAGGUCGGCCGGAUACCGCACGUUGUUUCCCGUCGCCCCGACAAUAUUUCUCCGCAAACCUUCUCGCGUCCCUUCCGAAAUAGCCUGCAGGCUUCUCCCAGAAUCACCUUGGACGUCUACGACCCGGAGUCUAUCGCGACGGGUCCCACCCCGCCGAAGCCCUCCACACCCGUGUUAGGUUGGACCACGGAAGAGCCUGCUGCCGACAGCGAGAUCAACUCCUCUUCAUAUCGAGACUCCAUCUCCAAGCUCUCUUCGGAGGUAACGCGGGGCGAGCGAGAGUUUCUUGCCUUUCCCUCUCGAAAGUCUUCGGUCAAAACAGUAGACACGAGCUCCAGCAGCUCCCGGGAUAUCUGUAUCCUGGCCGAUGCGACUGCCGUCAUCCCCAAAGCUCAUGACCCGCCAGACGAGGAUGAGAUUUGGGACGAGUACAACGAUCUCCUCGACGAAGACAGUGGCAGGAUGCUCUCAACACCCAUGACUCUAGGAGUUGGACCGCUUCGGCUCAAACGUCACCACAGCAGGUCGAUCAAGGCAUCUUCCGUCCAGUCUGCCGUGGUUCCAGGAGACUGGCGCAAAGCGUCGACGCAUUCAAAAGCGCCCACUCACUCGACCUCUGGUAGUGCCGACAUGACGGAGAGGAUUCGGAGGGCAUUCCAGCCACAUCCCAAUCAGACAGCGGUUGUACGAGCGUCGGACGGAGAGUCGAGCCUCGACAAACAGAGACACGAUGCUCUCCCGGCCAAUGUGCAUAUUUCCGGGUCGAACAGAAACAGCUCGGCGUCGGUCAACCUGCGAGUCGGGUCCAUGACUGUAAGCAAAUGGCUCUCUUUUGGGCACGUCUUGUUCAGCGACAUUCGACACGAGCUAGAUCUCGCCAAGGACCCCCCCAAGAAACAUUCCAUUUUGGUCAUCGAUGGCCUCGGCAACGACGAUUGGUCGUUUUACGCCGCCGAGACAUAUCCAACGGCUUCUUUCUACAACCUGUCUCCGCGCGCGGCACUGCCAGCCGAAAUGCGGAGUUCUCCGUCCAGUUUUCCUCUCAGCCCCCCCAAUCACCACCAGGUACAGUACACAUCUCACCUCGAUAAGUUCCCCUUUGCAGCGCAAAGCUUCAACGGCCUGGUGUAUCGCUUCCCCGUUGCCGCUCCGGAGUCGCACUACCGCAACAUUAUCAACGAAGCUCGCCGCGUCCUCCGACCUGGCGGCUACAUCGAGCUCUCUGUGUUGGACGUUGACCUCAACAGCAUGGGCAACCGAGGGAGGCGGACAGUCCGGUGCCUGAAGGAGCAAAUCCACGACGAGGCUGCCGAGAUCAACCUGGCCUCAACUGCGGACUUGAUCCUGCGCCUGCUCGGCAAGGCCGGCUUCUCGAGCAUCAGGGCUGCACGUGUCGGCGUCCCCGUGGCGAGCUCGAUUACCCGCUCCAACGUUCACAAAACGGAGCGCAAGGAUAAGUCAACAUCGAGCUUGGCGGAUAUGAUGCGGGACAAGAGCCCCAUGGCGGACGAGAGCAUCACCAAGCUCGUAGCAAGAGUUGGCCGCUGGUGGUACACGCGGUGCUACGAGAGUGCCACGGGCACCGAGACGGACAGGAGCAUCUGGGCCAACAAGGCUCUACUUUCCGAGUGUGAGGAGCUGGGAACGAGUUUGAAGCUCAUGGUGUGCUGCGCACGCGCGCCCAACCGAGUCCCCAGUUUCUAG